AUGGGACAUCAUAGCUUACUCCAAGCCCCUAAUCUAAAAGCCAUUUAUGGCACGCGUCAGGGGGACAGCUUCUUGUUCCCACUUUACGCCGCUUUGCACCAGUGGGGCAUUGCAGCGAGGCUGGUCAAUGUCUGGAGGCCGAUCACCACUCGAACCCUCGACCAGCGAAGAGCAGCGAAAGUCAUAGCUACGUGGACCAGCCAUUGUGCAUUGUAUCUGGAAGAGGGCCGAGACCAAAGCCGAGCUCAAUUGCAUAUGCAAGCAGCAUGUUUGACACACGUCAGCGAGGAGGGUACCGCGGAACACAACCACACUGAAGCGGACAUACCUCAAACCAGUAUCGGAAGCCUACCCGAAGAGAUUUUGCUCCUCGUAAUUGAGUACGCUGUACAGGACAGAGCCGCCCCUGUGGAGUAUACACGCUACAAUGAGCGGCCAGGAAAACGAUACGAGGGGAAGCAGCCGUGGCUUGCCGACAUUCAAAAUAUGGGCAUUCCGCUUGUGAACCGGCAGUGGAAUCGUAUCUUCAACGGUCUUGUAGACGAUCUGACGGUGACUGUCUCCAUGAGUGAUUGGCGCGACAGCCCAUGGACUACCACACCACUGAUGGUUGUUCAUCCCAAGAGCUACGUGGCAUUACAAUGCGCGAGGCGCAUCACUCUUGAUUGCUCCAUUCUACCGCUGUUCGCGGCAUACCCCUUGCCCACACAGCUAGCGGAUAUCUUGCGAUCAAGGGAGUGCCUUCCCGAAAUGCGUUUCUCGGCGCCACGAGGCCCUGACACUUUUUUACCUUAUUUUCCAGACUAUCUGCCGUUCGCAUCCCGCACAGCUUAUCUACGAGACCUUUUGGAACCGAUUGCAGCCGUGUACGCAGCGAGGCACAUGACAUUCGCCGUGCGCGUGCCUGACUGGGGGAAUGCGGUACAGUGUGUGCGCGCUAGUCCUGGUCCGCUGCGUGAGGGAGAAUGGCCGUUAUUGUUGUGGGCUGCGUACAGUGGGAGCCGUGCGGUAGCUUCGCUUGCACUGCGCGCGCAGGACCAAACGCUGGAAGAAGUGCUGAACUGGAGGAACAUGUCGGGUGAGACUCCUCUCUAUAUGGCUGCGAUGCAAGGAAACCUCGAUGUCGCUCGGCUCUUACUAUCUUUUGAGGAGACUUUCAUCGACUGCAUGACUUCGGACGGGCGCAACCCCCUGCUUUGUGCGGCUGCAUCAGGCCACACUGCGCUCGUUGAGGAACUUCUCUUGUGCAUUUCUGACCGUUACCCCGGGCAAGAGAAAGCACAGAUACUGGACGCAAGGGAGGAAUGUGGCGGUACCACACCGCUUAUCGCUGCUGCAAUUCAGGGUCAUGAUGGCGUCGUGGCAGCGCUUCUUCAGGCUGGGGUGGACAGUGAUGCCAUUGACUACCGUGGUUACACGGCGCUUCGCGCCGCGCAAGCCUCAAAUCUUUCCCAAUCAUGCCAAGUCAGCACAAGAAGUCUCUCGUUUGGGGAGACUAAGCUGGGUAGCACAUGCACCGGUCCGACGGGCAUACUCCUAGAGGAGCCCUAA